CUUUCUUCCCUGCCAUUCGAUAUGCGGUACAGGCCAGACAGACGCACAGUUUGACAAUACGAGAAAGAACCCUGUUCAAGUCUUCGUCACCCUGCGGGGAAGCUGUGGUCUUUGUUGGUCUCCGCAUAUGUACCGUGCAUUCACGGUUGACGACCGGAGCAUACGGCGUACGCUGCACGGAGGUAGUCCGGUAGAGGUCAAUCUUGAUAUUUCGAGGUUAUUCAUAUGCGGUUGGACGUGAGCCCACAUUCCUCGGUCGCUGUGGUGGCAUCCCUCCUUUUUCUCUUUUGUCAAGGAGAGACGAUUGCUGCCUGUUACCAAACUACCCGCUAUACCCUGACUGGCUUGAAAGGGCAGAUAAUUCGCUGUCAUGGGGGACAAUCGAAUUUCAGAGGUGCACCCAGGCACCAAGGCCGGUGGUCAAGAAGUGCCUUCCGUUAUCCAUGAGGAGAGCAGCCAGGCUACUAUUUCUGGAUUGAAGAUGGCAAAGGCCGUUGACGGGGACACCGCCAUGGCGCUGUUCAAUGACAUGGACGAACUUCACGAGGCGGUUGACCCUGAGGAGGAGAAGAGAGUCCUGCGCAAGAUUGAUUUCAUGAUCUUGCCUUACUUGGCAGUCUGCUACGCAUUCUUCUAUAUCGACAAGACGACUUUAAGUUAUGCGGCAAUCUUUGGCAUUCGCGACGAUCUGCACCUCCAUGGCACACAGUACAACUGGCUCAGUAGUGUCUUCUACUUUGGAUUCAUGGCCUGGGCAUUUCCUACUAAUUUUCUUCUUCAACGCUUGCCAAUCGGGAAAUAUCUGGGUGCCAAUAUCUUCGUGUGGGGGGUGUUUCUCAUGCUUCAAGCUGCCUGCAACAGUUUCACAACCCUUGCUGUGCUCCGCGCUCUCGGUGGUGCGGCAGAAGCCUGUUCGGAUCCUGCGUUUAUGCUCAUCACCAGCAUGUGGUAUACCCGGCGAGAGCAGCCGGUACGUAUUGGACUCUGGUACACUGCGAACGGAUGUGGUAUUGCCUUGGGCGGUCUUCUCGGGUAUGGAAUUGGCCAUAUCAGGGGUGCUCUUCCGUCCUGGAAGUAUGAAUUCAUCAUCAUUGGCUGUCUGUGUUGCACAUGGGGCAUUGUCAUGUUCAUCUUCCUGCCAGAUUCUCCUGUGAGUGCACCGGGCCUCAGCCAUCGGGAACGGCGCAUUGCCGUUGAGCGGCUGCGAGAGAACCAAACAGGAGUGGAAAACAAGCACCUCAAACCGUAUCAGAUCAAAGAGGCCUUUAUGGAUUACAAGCUGUACCUGUUCUUUACGCUGGGAAUAGUCUGCAACAUUCCCAACGGGGGUAUCUCCAACUUCGGCACGAUCAUCAUCGAGGGCUUCGGAUUCUCAACUCUCGUUACGACCCUCAUGCAGAUUCCAUAUGGCAUCAUCAUUGCCCUCUCCAUCCUCCUUUGCGUGUAUCUCAACGACCGCUUCCAAAACCGCCGCUGCAUGUUCGUCUUACUUUUCCUCCUCCCUAACAUUGCCGGUGCCUUUGGGCUCCGUUUCGUGCCGCAGGACCAGAAAGUCGGCCGUCUGAUCUGCUACUAUCUUACGGGCCCGUACAAUGCCGCUUUCGUGUUGAUCUUGAGCAUGCAGAUUGCAAAUACAGCCGGUCACACCAAGAAAGUCGUCACCAACGCCGUUCUCUUCCUGGGAUACUGCACUGGUAACAUUGCGGGCCCCUUCUUCUACAAAACAAACCAGUCGCCCAGCUACCCUCUCGGCAUCUGGUCCAUGAUCGUCUCGCAUCUUGUCGAGGCCGUCUUGAUCACCACAUUGGGCUUCCUCCUUCGCUGGGAGAACCAGAAACGCGAUCAGAUCCAAUCGCAGAUGGAAGGGGGGCUGGAGGGGAGAGACCUUGAUGCCACUGCAUUUCUGGAUUUGACCGAUCGAGAGAAUCCAAAUUUCCGGUAUAUCUAUUGAAAAGGUUGAAAUCUACCCAUCCGUAGUUUGUGACAUGAGCUAAAGGAUGAGGCAUGACCAUAUUAUAUUCAAUUGAAUCAUGAUUGUAUAAACAGUAUUAACUUAUAUU